AUCCCAGACAAGGGAGGACACUCUUGUGAAGACCUCGUUUUCAAGACGGAAGUAAAUGCUUGAAAAAGCCAACUACUUUUGUAUAUUUAGUAUUUUUUGUAAUAACAAUUAAGCAAACAUGUCAUACGACCAGGUUGGAUAUUCUGACAAGCAACCCAUUUCUAGUAGCAAUGAAUUCACGGAUGAUCCGUACGGAAACCGGGACCCAAAUGGGAACGGUCAUGGCAAUGGAAUUUACAAUGACUACACAACAGAAAUAAAACCUAAACAAUACAACCAAGGCUUUUCGUUUCUAUGUUGCUCGUGCCAGAAUACGAAGAAAGUUAAAUUUAUUUUAGCAGCGUCAGUUGUGGUUGUUAUCUUAUCUGUGGUUCUGAUUAUAAUCUCCGCAGUCGCUCACAAAAAUAAAGACAAAGAUGGGAGUGGUGCUGGGCAGCCACAGAUCACAAAACUCAAUGGUCUGUUUGCAUAUGGUCCAGAUGAUACAGGGUUACUGGAGUUGCAUGUGAGUGACCAUGGCUUGUAUAUGCCCUAUGUGAACAGAAUGGAAGGAAAGAUGCAAGUUUACAGUACAAUCCGACAAGUGAACGACCAGAAGACUUUUGUGACUUGUAAUGAGGAUGAGACUUUCAUUCUGCCGCCGAAUGAAGAUCAGGCGUGUAUGCAGACUGCAGAAACAUUUGGUGAAAAUUGCCAAAAUUUCAAACUGUAUGGCGCUCUGGAAUUACGUCCAUGUAUCCUACUGGUUCUCACUCUGGAGGCUGAUCAUAUCCCUGAACCAUUCAACCUCAGUGACCCAGCAAAUGCGUAUGUGUUGAAAGAACUUGCAAGCCGCCAUACGAUGCAUGACGUGGGGGUCAGCUGUUAUGGAAAGACUGAGGAGGAUAAAAAGGCGCUCGUUCUUCACACGGCAAACGGAACAUCAGAGAACAUGUUGGACGGAGGGGCCUUCGUGUACUCUCCUAAAAAUGGCUUCCCAACCUACUUUUACGCCCAGAAGACACGAGGGUUGAACUACAUCAGCCCCGGGGUGAUGGUCCAGCUUAACCAUGUUCCUGUAAACCAGAAGGUGACUAUAAGAUGUACAGCCUGGGCAAAGAACUUCCAUGACGGCCAUCCGGAAACUAGCAAUGUCUACACGACUGAGUUCUCCGUCCUGCUGAAAAACUGAGAAACUUUUAAAAACAAGAUGAGGCACAGGAUUAUGUUAAUUUUUCUGCUUUGGUUGAAGAUAUUCCAAAAAUCGAAAUUUUCAUUUUUUAGAAAUGUGAUGUUAGAAUCAAGACAUUAUACUGUGAAUAAUAAAUUAGGAAAUAACAAUAGGGAAAUAGAAUAAUGAAUUCAAAAAAGUGGCAAAAUUAUCAUUUUUAUUGCCACAUUUGAAAAUUGAAUGGCCAUUUUAAAGGCUAUUGUUCAACAAAUGAACAACAUCAAAUAGAUAGAUAUUGAUUUAACACUUUCAUGUGUGUAAUACUGCUAUUUGUAUCUAUUUCACUGAAAAACAGUGUUCUUCAAGAAACUUGUGCACAUUUUGUACUGAAUCAUAUCUCUUAUAGGUCGGAAUCUCUAUUGGUAAAAAUGGUUUAUAUUUUUGUAUGAGAAUUUACUUCAAGUCCUUGUUAUUUGUUAUUUUUUCGUUGAAAGCAUUUAUCAAAACUAUUUGUCAUGUCCCCCAAAUAAGUAAAUAUUUGGGGAGUUUCAAGAUUUUGGGGCUUGGGCGGUGCCUUUCUGAUUGUGGAAAAUAAUGCUUACCAUAAUAUUGACUAAAAAUGGGAAUUCCAAUUUUGUCUAGAAAUGAGCAAGACUGCUAUAAAGAGUAGACAGAAAGAGUAAAGAAUGAGAUAGAGUAUAUUUAUUUAAAAAGACACCAAUUUCUAUGAUACAAUAAUGCUUUUGGGAUCCAUUUUUUUAGCUUUUUAAAAAAAAUCGGCCCUAAAUUUGUAAGAGAGAAACGUGUGUAAAGAGAUUUAGGCAAAAGCAGAUUAAAACAUACUCAAUCAUAUAUGUUCAAUCCUUGAAAAAUAUCUUUAAAUUAUUAGUGAAACUUAAAUAAGUUCAUUACAUUUAAUUAGUUCAUUACAUUUAUGUGACCAAGUAACAAUGUUUAUGCUUGAAAUAAGAGGCUUUAAUCAUUGCAAUUUUUCAUAUUUUGUUUUAUAAAGAUGUAUACAUUUCAAUGUUAUAAAUGGAUAGUGAUUAGUUUUUAAUAUUUACACAUUUAACAAUUCUACUUUCUUGCAUUCCAUUUGAUAAAAUAAAGGUUGUGACUGUUAGCUUGUGUUUUGUUACAAGUAUGUUAUGUUAACAUGUGAUAUGUUUGUUAAUGUACAUCAAAAUGUCUGUUGAAAUUCAUUAAUCAAGAUUCAAGAGGACGAUGGUUAACUAAGUAUUAUUCCUUGUUGGUGAUUAUUAAAAACACUGUGAUGGGUUUUGUUUAUGGAUUUUAAGCUGUAUGACUAGAACAUAUCAUUCCUAUUUUUGUUGUUCCUUGUCAAGUCAAAACAUUUACAAUAAACUGUGAGUUACAUUUUUAAAAUGAAACUGAAACUAUCUUCAGCAGUAGGUUUUAUAAUGAAGAAGAAGUAACUUGCAUUCAGAGGUAAAUAUGACAUUCAGCACUUGGAUAUUUAGUUAUUGCAUAUAAAAUACUAAUUUUUAUUAGUGUUUGGGCCAAUGUCUCUUUACUACAUAGGCUAGCAAUUAUUCAUGAACAAACUGUUAAAUGAAUGGCUUAAUAAAAGCAGUUAAUGGAAAACUUCAUUCUCAUCAGAUUCAUACUGAUUCUGAAUAAUUCUUCCAGCAAUCCCAUUGAUGGAAACAUAGGCGCAAACACCAAUGAUUGUUAACAUUUUUGUUGAUAGUAAAUUUUCAUGUUUUUCCAAUUCUUAAACUUAAUCAUGAAUCCUAAAUCGCAAUAUUGAAUUACUCACAGAAAUUGCCUGCUUAUUGUGCUUUAUACUUGUUGUUUCAAUGUGUUCAGUAUAGUUGAUUACUGACAAAAUGUCUGUGUUUUGCCUUUGUGUUAAUCAUAAGAUAAAUAGUGUUCUGAAAUUCAUUGAUAGCAGCUAGAUUUACAAAAGGGUACUGGUACAUCUUUUGCAUGGUGAAUUAGUAUCAAAAUAUAUUUUUGUAUUUCAAUCUGUGGUUAAAUGAUUGAACUAUUUUUUUUUUCAUUAAAACAAACUAUUUUGUAGCCUUUAAACCUUUAUCAAGAUGAAGUGCCUUUUCAUCACAAGAACAAGCAAAAGAGGCUGAAACAGAUUAUUUUUGUAAUAUUUUUUUCUCAAUUGAUCCCCAACUCAUAGGGACCAUACAUUGAGCUAUUGUACGAUGUAUUUGCAUUCAAGUAUUGUUCUAUUGAUGUUCACCAAAAACCUUUGAAAGACUAUCCUGUUGUGUAAACAAAAGUAGUCAUUGUUCUAUGACAUAUCUGAAGAACUUUAUCUGAAAAGGAAACCCAUAAAUUGUUAGAACUAAGAAGGAAUGAGGACAACUUUAUGGAUUAGCUGUAUUUUACACAUCACUAAUUCAAAUAUUGGAGGCCCUCACAGUUGAUUUAUCAAGAUAUGGUUUUAUUUAUCAAUGGUUGUAUGUUAUUGCCAAUGAUUUUCAAAUGAUUAAAUUGCUUGUCCUAGCUGCCCCAGUGUUGGUUACCGGCCUAGGCUCAUGUGAGUUUGGUUGGUGGCAAUCAAGCUGGACUAGAGGGUUUUCUCUGGGCUUUCUUGUUUCCACCCAAACCUACAUCCAAACUGGGAUGCAACAACAAGCCAACCACACUGCACAUUUUAAGGAAAAAAAUGAAGCUUAAAGGGGAAAAAAAAUAAAGUUUAAACUUCAAGAUUGUAUCAGGGCCUCACAAAAUAUGCCACAAUACUAAUCAUGGUUCUUGUUCAUCUAACAAUGAAAACAAUGUAUGCACAGUAACUCAAAAUACAGAAAGAAACCCAAUCUGGUAGCCCUUUUUCCUUUAAAGUAGUUUCUUAUACAAUUGCAUCCCACUGUAGUACUUAUCCGUAUGUUGUAAAGUAACAUGUCCAUUAAAAUGUCACAAUUUUGUUUGUACCGGGUAAUUAACUGGGGGAAACCAGAAUGUUAUAUUUCCGCUUCAACUAUUGACUUUGUAUAUUAACCCUUAGGCUGCUGAUGGCGAUUUUAAAGGCUUUGCAAACAGCUUGGAACCAGACCAGACGCCGAGUAACUCGGCGCCUGGUCAGGUUCCAAGCUGUUUGCCACUCAGUCAAUAUAUCCCCAAAGUUUUAAGUAAAUUGAAAUUUUUUUAGAAUAAACCAGACGACAUUUUUGAGCAGACGACAAUUUACCCAGCAUGCAAAGGGUUAAUUGGUUUGGAAUAUAAAUCAUAAAAGAUGAGUAGAGUAUAGCCAGGCUUUUAUUAUCAUGAAUGUUUUUGUAUUAACAUUACAAGCCACACUUGCAUGUACUAAGUGCUCCAUUCCACAUUGUCUAGUUCUUUGCACUUACAUGUAAAUACACACAAAUUGUACUUCGUCACAUUACAUUGAUCUUGAAAAGCUAGUUCUAUUUCUUGAAAAUUAUAUUUAAAGGUCAUUCCAUGUAUCUGAAGCAUUUUAAAGCUGCAUUCUCACAGAUUGACCAUUUAGACAACUUCUUUUAUUGUUGCAUAAAUGUCUGGAAACUAGUGAAACAAGACUGCUGACAAAAGAUCAGAUCACAGUUUUUCAUAUCCAGUAUACAAUCAAUAAUUGAUGUUGAUUCUGAGACAAAAAAAAACUAAAAAAAUGUCAGAACAGUGAGAGUGCAGCUUUUAAAGUAUUUGAUGGCUUCUCAUAUGAUAGUAAGAUCAGAGAAUUUACACACCAACUAACGGUGCAUGUACCUAAGGAGAGGUUGUUUUGCAAUUUUAAAAUGUUUUGUAUUCAUUUACAUGUAGCUUGUAAGCCACAAUGUUAGCUAGUGUGUAACAUAUGAGAAUAUUUGUACCGGUUAUACUUUAUAUUCAUAUUGGUGAUAUUUCAAGGUUGAGACAUAUCAUUCCUCUGUCCUAUUUUUUUAUUACUGAUUUUCACUGAUGUAUCCAUUCAUGUUUGUAAUAUCAUAUUGUGAGAAGGCUUGAUACCAAUUGCCUUGUACAUGUAUAUAUACUGUAUAUCCACUUUAAAAGCUGAAUUGUUGUGGCCUAUUCAAUUACAGGUAUGGUACAGUUAUGUUCGGGUUUUUUUUUUACAUUUUCUUUAUUGUCAUGUUGUUGUUUUUCUAUUAAGUAAAGCAAAAGUUGGAAACACUUUGCAUUGCCAUAUUUGAUAAAUGCGAGUAAUCAAUGGUUCUUAGUGUUCAAAAUUAUAUUUUGUCCAAUGGGAUGUCAGUAUCUUUUAAAUAUGCCCUAUAUUUGAUUAGGUAAAUCAGCAGUCAGCGGUUAUUGAUUUUAAUCAGGGAUAUCAGUUUUCUAGAGGCAGUAAUUUUUUACAAUGUGUGUAUACCACGUCAUAAAGUGCGUCAUAAAUGCUACAUCAGAAGGCAAUAUCUUGCGUCAAAUGAAGACUUUAAACAAAGAUAACUUUACUAUUUAUUCACCAUUUUAAAUGAAACAUGGUGCAGUCUAAGCCUCCUACAUAGCCCUGCAUUCGGUGUUUAACUAGAGUUUGAUUGAGAGUUUAGUUUCUUAAAACACUGGACUGACAAUUUAUUUAUCACAUGGUAUACACACACUGAUUUAGAUGAAGUAUAAUUUCAGACACUAAGCUAGAUAGUGCCUGACCAGUGAGCAUACACGCAUGUAAAGAAUAGGAAUUGAUGAAUGCAUAUUUUAACGAACACUAUCCUUUACUUCACAUCCAGUCCUUGAUAAAUACAUGCUUAGGGGCAGAAGUUCUGCACCAUUUGUUUUAAACCAAUAUAAUAUAUUGUAACAACAAAUUUUGCCAAUUAGAAUGAAACUUUUUCUUUUGAACAAUGAAAAACAAACCAUUUCCUUACCAUAAAUAGUCUUUUGGCAAGACAUUGAUAUUUUUUGACCAUGUCAAAAAGGUUAAAAAAUCUUAAUAAGGGACAUUGUUGAAAAUCUACUGCUUAUGUUCAAGACAAUGAACUCUUCAAACAUUUUGGCAUCAAUUAGAGUUGUUAAAAGAUUUUGCUCAAUGUAUAGUACUGCCUAGGGCUGGUCUAACUUGUCAAUUUUUUUAACAUGGAUACAACAAAAUGUUUCCAACUUGCCAUAUCACAGUCAUAGUUAUGUUAUGUUGUGUCUUUGGACAUUCAAUGUCCUAGAUUAUCCUCCUAGAGAGCUUUUUCUGCGCUUUAAACUGUCAAAUUGCCUUCACAUGCUUGUUACAUUUUUUUCCUUUUUAACAUGUCUACAUAUAAUUGGCAUUAAACAAAUUGGGGCAUCCGUUGUAGCAUAUGGCUUUCAUGAAUCUGUGAUCAAUAUUUCUACCAGUGAAUCUAUCAAAAGUUACUAUAUUUUUAUCCCUUUGAGAGAAUACUAGACAAAUUAAGGGUGCCCAUGAUUUAUCACCUAUAACAUAUGCACAUUGCCUAAAAUUGGUCUGGCUCACAGUUUCUUGCACAAACAUAAAUAAAACUAUAAUUCAUGUGUGGAUGUCCCUUUGUUACAAGAAUUUUAAUAUUGGAAACCAGCACAAAUCUUCUGACAUAAAGUAUUUAAGAAAAAAUGCAAACACGUGUAAGUUGCUUUUGCCCGCUAGCUUUUGACAUUUUCAAACAGAACUCAAAAAAUGAAAUAAAUUUAUAGUCUGCAUAAAGUGUAUAAUUAUUUUGAACGGCUUUUUGCAAGAAUCAUGGAAUCUAAUUAUAUUAUUGAUUAUUAGCUUUAUUCUUUAUAAAAAAAGGAGUCGUUAUGUCAAAACUUUAUUGGCAGUGGUGUCAUUAUGGCGAUGUUUGAAAUAUUGGCUAUAUCUUUAAUAUUAAAGAUUUAGAUAUUUUAACAUGAAACUAGGUACAGAUGUUCACUAUGACAAUACACACCCAUUUGCUUCUGCUUGCAAUUCUUGCGUUAGUACUUUAUCCACUUGUGCCUUUUGUUAAACCUAUAAUUAUGUCAAUGUUAUGUUCAAUUUUGUAGCAAGUUGUUCUUUUCUUGUUCACUAUAUUUAGUUGCAAAAGUGUUUAUAUAAUCUAUUAUUUCAUUUGAAAAUUCCAUACUUUGUACUUCAAACAAGAAAAUAAAUAGUAUAUAAUCAUU